AUGGACUGUCAGUGGAAGUCCCUUGAGUUGUUUCUGUGCUGCAUCUGUCCCUUGGAUACAGGCCGUGCAGGAUUUGCAAUAUACACAUCCGACGCACAUUCAAGCUGCUUGUCUGCGGCCUGCACUCGAGGGCCGCGACCUCCUUGCCAACGCACAGACCGGUUCGGGCAAAACUGCGGCCUUCCUCCUUCCUACUCUCGAGCGACUCCUCCACAGCCCAGGCGUCCGCGCUCGCAAGGCACGAAAGCCCUGGUGCUGCUCCCGACACGUGAGCUCGCGAUGCAGUGCGUGCAGAUGCUUCAGUGUCUCUCCAAGUAUACGCCGAUUACUCACGCUUUGGCGUGUGGCGGGAUGACCCUGAAGGCGCAGGAGAAUGCUCUGCGGCAGCAGCCGGAUAUUGUCGUGGCGACUCCAGGGCGCAUUCUGGAUUUGCUGCUGAACUCGCCGAGCGUCCAUCUCGAACUCCUCGAGAUCAUUGUCCUCGACGAGGCUGACCGUCUGCUCGAGCUGGGCUUCAGAGAAGAGAUUCUGGCCAUUCUGCGGCACUGCCACCGCGCGCGGCAGACGCUCCUUUUCUCAGCCACGCUGACACCCUCGAUCGCCUCUCUCGCGGCGCUCGCGCUGAACCGCCCUCUGCACAUUUCGGCUAACUCGACGGUCUCCUGCGGUGGAGCGAGCAGCGGGAAGACUGGCGUCACCGUGACCUCUUCCGAAGCUGCAGCCGCCGCGCUCAAGACGGUGUCUUCGACUUUGGAGCAGCAGUUUCUCAUGCUUCAGAAAGAGGAGCACCGCGCCCCGGCCCUGCUGCACUUGUGUACCACCGCGUACACGAAGAACGUCAUCAUUUUCUUCCAGACCAAGCAGCUGGCGCAUCAGACGAGUCUUCUUUUCAAGUUCAUGGGCCUGAAGUACGCUGAACUCCACGGCAAUCUGACUCAGCAGAUGCGUGUGGAGGCUCUCGAGAAGUUCCACGCGGGCGAGGCGGACUUCCUGCUUGCUAGCGAGUUGGCCUCUCGCGGCCUGGAUAUCGCAGGAGUCGAGGCAGUCAUCAACUUCAACGUGCCUCAUGACAUUGACCGAUACAUUCACAGCGUAGGGCGAACCGCGCGAAUGGGCAGGACUGGCGUGGCAGUGACUCUGUACUAUCGCGAAGGCGCGGAGCGACUGCAGGUGAAGAAGCUGCUGCAGGCCCUACGGAGCGGCAUCAGCCAAGCAGGCGGCAAGAAACGGAAGAAGAACGCAGGGGGAAAGGGCGACGGAGCAGAAGAAGGAAGCUCGGGGGCAGGUGUCCCCCGGGUGUUUCAGCGGAGGAUUGACGCGGAUAAACUCGAGGUCCUUGAGAAAAAGGUUCGCUCCCUUCAAGGCGACAUUAGCCGCCAGUUGAAGCGAGAGAAGCUGGAACGAGAAAUGCGUAUCGCUGAGCUCCAUUUGAAGAAGGCUGAGAAUCUACAAACCCACGCAGACGAAAUUUACUCGAGGCCUGUGCGCCAGUGGUUCAUGACCGCGAAGGAAAAGCAGCGGCUGAAGGAUGAAUCCAAGGCUCUCGUUGGAAAAGACGCCGAAGAGAGACACGAACUCGAGCGGAAAGCGGCGGAGGCGGCGCAGGAGCAUCGGGAGGAGUCGCCAGAUGAGGGAGAUGAUGAAGAUCUCAGCCAAGCGGAAUCAGAAGGCUGUGAAGAAGACGCCUCUGCGGACGGCAGCGACGAGGACUAUGAAACUCAAUCCGCCUCAGACGACGGUGAGCUCCCCGACUGGAUAUCGGCCUGCAGCGACGACGGCGGCAGAGUGGAAGAAGAAAUAGAGGAGGCUGAGCCCGCGCCGAAGAAGAAGCAGAAGGCUGUGACUGUGAAGGAGUUCAAGGUGGCCAAGCACAAGCAGCAGGCGCCUCUUGCAGGCGUGGUGAAUGAGAAGAAAAAGAAGCAAGACCGGCUCACGCCUAAACAGAAAGAGAGAAUGAAAGAGCUUCAGUUCAUGAAAGCGGCAGCACGCUCAGCGAAACGAAGCCAGAUGCCGAGGCGGCUCCGCGUGACACAUUCGUCUCCAGACGACGUAGAUAUGGGCCGAUUCAAGAAGCAGAAGAAACAAAAGAGGAAGCAGAAGACUGGCGGCUGGCGCCCAGAUGAACAGAGAAAAUCGACAAGCGGGGCAGACGGCGGGAAGCAACGCAAGAUGAAGACAAUGGGAAAAAAGUCCUUCAAAUCCAAAGGGCGCUACAAGCGUCGAUAG